AUGAAGGAAAAAAUAAAAUUACCAAAAUCUCUGUGUCUGUCUCACGCUUUUCUUCUUCCUUCUCAGAGUUGGCAAUUUUUUUAUUUUUUCCAGAUUCUGAAACGCCAUGCGCAUUCAAUAGAAGCUUUUACCGCUUGUACGACAUCGUAAGAUUGACUCAUUGGUGAGUAAACAUUGUCAUCGCUUCAGGUUUUCUUCAUUCUAUGUGAUUCGUUCGUGGAGUUCCUCAUUUUCUUGAUUUUGUUUUUUCUUUAAUUUUUGGGUUUCUGUAAUGCAUAAAGAUCGAUCAUCUAGUGUACGCUUUUCUUCCCUGUAGUGAACUCUCAAUUCAAAGUAAUGAAAGCCUUUUUUUACCUGUGUUUGGUUUGAUUCUACUGAAGUUGUUUUGAAAAGGAAAAAUAUGUAUAUUUUCUGUUUUUAAAUCAGGGUUCUGUGCUUCUUUUCUCAGAGAUGAGAGAGGGUUUGAGAUCUCGGAAUUGCUCCGUGCAAGUUGAGAAAGGCAAGGUUUUGCCAGAGGAAGAAGGUGAAGUGAACGAUGAAAAGCAAAAGUGUUCUGCUUUAGAUGGCGAGGUAAGCUUGAGAGCCACUUAUGGGUCUGAUCCUGUGAAAGAAACUAUAACACUUGAAGAGGGAAAUGGGUCAGAGAAAGGUGAAUGCGAAGAGGAUGGAUUAAAAAUUGGAGAGGGAGAUGGCUCAGAGAAAGUUGAUUGUGGAGAGGAUGGAUUAAAAAUUGACAACAGUGAUGGGCCUGUGAAAGUUGAAUGUGAAGAGGAUGGAUUAAAUUUGAACAAGAGUAAGAGGAGUAAAGUAGAUGGUGAAGAUGAUGGAUUAAAUUUAAAGGAGAGUACGAGGAGCAAAGUAGAUAGUGAAGAAGAUGUAUUAAAUUUAAACAAGAGCUGUAAAGUAGAUGGUGAAGGUGGUGGGGAUGAGGACAUCAUAAAGAAUGGAGUGAAGGAGGAUGGCAAAGUUCAGAAUGUUGUUCGGGUUUUGAGGUCAAGGCUUGUGGUGAAUAGUGGAAAUGAGAAGAAAGGUAAUAGGGCAGAGGUUAAGGAAAAGGAUCAAUUUACAGCAAGUCUUGGAAUCGAGAAUGAAGGGGUUGUGAAUGUGAAAGUGGAAGACUGUGAUAAAUCUGAUUAUAGUGAAGUAUGGAAGAAGAUGAAAGGUAUGCAUGGGAGACCCUCAAUAGUUCAAAAGACUGAAGAAUCUGAUGAUUAUGUGGUGAAAAAGAAGGUUAAAGGUAAGCGUGGGAGACCCCCUAGAGUUCAGGAGAGUGAUGAAAUUCAUUGUAAGGAGGGGAAGAAGGUGAAAGGUAAGCGUGGGAGACCCCCUAAUGUGCAAGCUGGUGAUGAUUCCUAUGAAGAUGAAGUGGGGAAGAAUGUUAAUGUUAGGCAUGGGAGACCCCUAAAACUGUAUAAUAUUGAUGAAGCUAAGGGUGAGAGAAGAAAUAAAUAUGAAUUUAAGUGCAGAGGACCAUCUAAGGUUCAGGAGACUUAUAUAUGCAAUGGGAAAGAGAUGGAGGUUGUGAAAGAUAAGUGUGGUAGACCCCACAACAUGGCACAGGACAGUGAGAAAGCCGAUGGUGAGGGAAGGAAGUGUUUGAAACGUAAGCGUGGGAGACCCCCCAAAGUUGAUUUUGAUGAUGUGGGAAGUAAGAGGCUGAAAAUUAAGUGUGGGAGAGCCUGCAUUGUGCAGGCUAGUAUUACUAUUUUGAAGCCCAAGUUUGGCAAGGGAAGAAAGGUAAAUUGUCGAAAAAGCAGAAGGGGGCCAAAGCAGAGAGAUAAUGGGGAGGGGUUGAAUGGGAAGAGGUUUACACCAACUAAGAAGAGUAAAUGUGAAACAGAGGACAAUGAGGCUUCAUCAAGGCUGACAUCAGAGGCAGUAAGGGUGUUGAAAGUUGAGAGUCAAAGUGUGAAGAAAAGUGCUGUAGCUAAGCAAGAGGAAACAUUGGUAAGAAGUGAGGUGAAACAGUUGAUAAGAGACAAAAUAGUGGAACUUCUUUUUGCUGCUGGUUGGACAAUUGAGUAUCGGCCUAGGAAUGGUAAAGAAUACAAAGAUGCGGUAUAUGUUAAUCUUGAAGGGAAAACUCAUUGGUCAGUCACCAAAGCUUACAAGUCACUUAAAGCCAGUUAUGAACAGGGAGAUUCUGAUGCCAGGAGUGGUUUCACUUUCACUCCAAUACCAGAGGAUGAGCUCAAAAUACUUAAGAGAAAAAUUCAGAAGACUAGGUCAGAUAAGAAUAAGAGAAGAUGGCAACAAAAGGCAGAUGAUAUGGACAUAGAUGAUGAUACAGUUGAAAAGAACUGGAAAAAACAAAAACUGCCAAGGGAAAAACUGAAUUCUGUUGGCAUUUCACUUAGCAAGUCACUGAAAAGGGGAAUCAAAAGGAAAUCUUCACUCUGUGAGGACAAUUCUGUCUGUCUGUCACACAGAGGAACACCAGUAACGGCCAGGAAGCGUAAGCGACUAGAAAUGCAAAGUAGGACUCGAUGUGCUUUGUUGGCCCGCAAAUCUGUGUUAGAGCCUGAUAGUGAUGGCUAUUUACUGUAUGAAGGUAAACGCACUGUGCUUUCUUGGAUGAUUGAAUUGGGCACCGUGCCACUUAAUGGGAAGGUGCAAUACUGGAACUCUGCAAAGACACGAGAAAUUCUAAAGGGCAAGAUUACAAAAGAUGGGAUCUAUUGUGACUGUUGUGAUGAAAUCUUAUCUAUUCCUAAAUUUGCGGCUCAUGCAAGAUGUAAACCCUGUUAUCCAUUUCAAAAUCUUUACUUCGAGUCUGGAACUUCCCUCUUGCAAUGCAUGGGAGACUCAUGGAAUAAACAGGAAGAGUCUGAACGUAAGAGAUUCCAUUUUGUUGAUUUUGGUGGUGAAGACCCAAAUGAUGAUACAUGCGGUAUAUGUGGAGAUGGUGGAGACUUGAUCUGUUGUGAUGGUUGCCCAUCAACUUUCCAUCAAGGCUGCUUGGAUAUAAUAAAAUUUCCUUCUGGAAAGUGGCACUGUGUAUAUUGUACUUGCAAAUUUUGUGGGCGAAUUGAUGAUAAAACUUGCCAAAUGGAUGAUAAGGACAAAGCUGUAUCAGCAUUACUAAUAUGCAGUUUGUGUGAAGAAAAAUAUCAUCAUUGCUGUAGUCAGGCAGAUGAUGCUAUAAAUGAUGAUUCCAGUACUCUGUCCUUCUGUGGAAAGAAAUGUCAAAAGAUAUUUGUGGGACUAGAGAACCUUCUAGGGGUUAAACAUGAACUGGAAGAUGGAUAUACGUGCACUCUUAUUCAUUGUUGUGAUGUUGGUUCCGAUCUUCUUAGCAAUGAUGUGUGUCAGAAGGUUGAAUGUAAUGCCAAGUUAGCUGUUGCAUUGUUCGUUAUGGAUGAAUGCUUUUUGCCUCUUGCUGACCACAGGAGUGGGGUUAAUCUGAUUCAUAAUAUUGUCUAUAAUUUCGGGUCAAAUCUUAAGCGUCUAAAUUAUAGUGGUUUUUACACAGCUAUUCUAGAGAGAGAUGAUGAGAUAAUCUCUGCAGCAUCCAUUAGGAUCCAUGGAAAUGAUGUAGCAGAGAUGCCCUUUAUUGGGACCCGCUACAUGUAUAGGCGUCAAGGAAUGUGUCGUCGGCUGUUAAAUGGAAUUGAAUCUGUUCUCUGCUCCCUCAACGUUGAGAAGUUAGUCAUUCCUGCAAUCUCUGAACUCAGGGAAACAUGGACUUCAGUUUUUGGUUUCAAGCCUCUUGAAGUGUCAAGCAAGCAGAAAAUGAAGAACAUGAAUCUACUGGUGUUCCCUGGUGUAGAUUUGUUGCAGAAACCAAUGCUGAAACAUCAUUUUAUUGAGAAAAAUAUGAUUCCUGUUGAAGGCGUGAAAUCCAUUCGACUUAAGCUUCAAACUGUUGAUGAUAUGGCACAUAAUUUUGAUGGGAAACGUUUGUGUCGGUUUGAUGUGAAUGUUUGUAGUGAGGAUACAGAACUACACAAAUCUGUCAUUGAAUCCACUUUGCAGCUUCCUGAUGGAUGCUCACGUGGUACUUCUGGUGUGAUGAGUGAGAGUGUCAACUUCCCAGAAUCCACCACUGAUUCAAAAUGUAUUGACCAAUAGGGUUCGACUCAUGAUGUAAUGAAGGGGAAUGGUAAAUCUGUAAUUAAUCCUCUGGGUUCUGCUUCUGAUGGUGGACAAACUGAAAAUACAAGUGAUUGUGGACAAUGUCCCCAUGCGUCUGAAUUGAUUACUUAAGGCAGUGCUUCUGAUGUUAGAAUAGAAAAUAGCAUCGUUAAACACAUCUGUGACGAGGCGUUGGCACAUCAGGCUGCUGUAAGUAACACUAAUGAACAUCAGGACUUGAACAUUUAACAGCUGCAGGGCACAUCUGAGUCAGGUGAAAGAACACUCGACAGUACUGUAGUGAAAAAUAACCUUGCCAUUUCCCUGAAUCCGUCUGCAUCAUCAGUUGACAUGUACUGUGCAUCUACCAGAUGCUUUUCAACAGAUUUUCCAUGCAAGAGUAGCAACAUCCCCAGUUACAGUAUUGACCAAACUUCCCCACUCACCUCCCAAAUAUUGCGAAGUGUUGAUAAUUCUUCAUGUGCCUUAUUAUCUGACCGUAACAUCAGUUCUUCUCAGGGCAAUGGGUUUGAUGCUCAUAAACUAGUUUUUCCUCCAGUUGAUAUGGUUUUACGCUGGUGGGUUUCCAUUUGAUGCCCCUGGAAAACCGGAUUGUCAGCCUGCCAUGUGCAGUGACCUUUGCUUGUCUGCGGAUGCCAUAGCAGGUUCUUGUGAGGCUACUUUGUAUGAUGACCCUAACCCAAAAGAAAAUUCUAUUUCUGUUGACAAGAACCUUAUUGCUAAUGGAGUUGCAGAUGAAUACUGAAUCUUCAAUGCACCCUGGGCAGAUUCUCAGUUUGUUCAUUCAACUACCGCACACUGCAAUUUUGAAGCUUUGUGCAACUUGAGGCCAGGUUCUGGUGUGGGUGUUCACUGUGCCUCUGGUGGGGGCAAUUCAUGUGGUACUCCUGAGGUGAUAAUCCUAUCUAACCAGGCUAGUUGAACUCAUUUUUGUUCUGAUUUCUCAUUAUCAGAUCAAUACAGCUUUUAAUGCUUCAUUCUGUAGCGAUGAAGCUGAAGGCUCUAAGAAGUCUCUUAACUUUUUUUGAUAAGUCAAAUGUCCAGAAUUUGUAAUUUUUGCGGUAGCACAGUUUAGAGAGAGCCUUCUAAUUGAAUUGGUAUUGCUUAGAGUAGGCUUAACAUCACUGAUGGUUGUAUGUUUUAAGGUUAACAUGACCCACCCUUGCUCCUUGAAAAUGAAACAAAUGCAUGGCAGUAUCAUGAAAAUAGUCGUUCCUUCUGACCAUU